CGCAUUUGUGAAUAUAAAACGUUUAUAAGUGCGAUGUUAAAAGUUGCGUAGAAGCUGUCGUAGUGAAUAAACGAAUUUGCAGAAUAUUUCUUGAUAAUAUUAUCGCGUGUUUAUCAAUUACACAAAGUAAAGUGACAGGAUGUCUACCACUAAUCUUAAUUCUGAACAAGAAUACAAGAAUUACGUCAAGUCACAAGAUCUUUCUGUCAUUCAUUUCUACGCAUCCUGGGCCGAUCAGUGUUCGCAAAUAAAUGAUGUGAUCGAAGAAAUGAGCAAACUGGCCGAGUAUCAGGGGGUUAGGUUCGCCAAGAUUGAAGCUGAGAAAAUACCUGAUGUAUCCUUGAAAGCUGGUAUCAGUGCAGUACCAACAGUUGUUCUCACAAGAAAUAACACCAUAGUCGAUAGAAUCGAUGGAGCUAAUCCUGCAGCUAUAACGGAGAAAAUUAAGCGCCAAUUAUUGACCAGUAAAGAUUCUAUUUCCUUUGAUACAUGUAAACCCAAAGAAAAACUCGAAGAAAGACUAAAGAAAUUAAUAAAUCAAGCACCCUGUAUGCUUUUCAUGAAAGGAUCUCCUACCACUCCACGUUGCGGAUUUUCUAGAACAAUAGUCUCUAUUUUAGAUUCUUGUAAGACAGAUUACCAGACAUUUGAUAUUUUACAAGAUAAUGAUGUUAGAGAAGGACUUAAAAAAUUUAGUGAUUGGCCAACAUAUCCUCAAUUAUAUGUGAAUGGAGAACUCAUUGGAGGAUUGGAUAUUGUAAAAGAAAUGAACGAAUCUGGAGAGCUGGAAAGAAUGUUGCCUAAGAAGAGCUAAUGCAAAAGAAACGAUAUAAUUAAGGAUCAUAUAAUUAAUUUCUUUCAAAAAAAAGACCGGUCCCUAUAUUAAUAUAAUUAUUUGUAAGUUAUUUUGUAUCAGUUGUAAGGAUUUCAAUAUUUGUUCUAUGGAAAUAUGCAAUAAAUUAAACCAUCUGUGUAAAAGGAUCUUUUUGUAAGCGCUAAUUUGUAGUCAACAGAUUGCACAAGACAAAUAAAUAGUAAUAUAGGAAUUCUUUUGCUCUAUAA